AUUUGACUCAUAUGCCUCCUCGACUUGGUAAGCUAACUCAGCUCGAGACGUUGUCAGAAUUUGUGUUGAAAAGGAGCAAUGGAGAGAGUAGAGUACUAACGCCAACAGUACCAAAAUGUUUGUAUAGAAAGGGCAUUAAUUUGGAGUCGCUAGAAGAAUUAGAGGAGCUGAACAACUUGAGAGGAGAGUUGAAAAUCAGAAAUUUGAGAAAUGUUAAUGUUGACUAUUCUAAGGCUGCAAAUUUGGAGGGGAAAGAACACCUUAAAUCUUUAACAUUAGCUUGGGAACUCGAUCUCGACGCCGAUGACCAAGCAGCAAACGACAAGGCUCAAGAUACACUACAAGGUCUGAAGCCGAACUCAAAACUUAAAGAAUUGGGUUUAUUCGGCUACAGGGGUGACAAGCUUUCAGAUUGGCUUCUCUCUCUCACAAAUCUGGUCAAAUUUUCAUUACAAAAAUGCGAAUGCAAAAGUCUACAACCGCUUACUCAGCUCACAGCUGUCAAGGUAUUGAUACUGGACAACAUGCCUAAUUUGAAGUAUAUCUCCAACAAGUCUGGUGAUCACAAUUCUGAGAGCAAUCCCUCAUCGUCAACAGAAUUCAUCAAAAAACUGGAAGAGGUAAGGUUUACAGAAUUGCCUGAUCUAGAGGGACGGUGGGAAGAAGGUGAUGCUUCUUUGGCGUUUCCUCGUCUUUCCAAAUUGAUGAUCGAAGAUUGCCCCAAGUUGUGUUCCAUGCCGCUUUACCCGAAUUUAAAGGAAUGGCUAGUGUUGAAGAACACUAGCUUGGUGCCGUUCAUAAAUACAAGUAUGACAGAUGAAAGCUCCAUCAAACAGACAUUAAUGAAUGAUGGAAGCUCCUCCUCCACUCCUCUUUCCAAAUUGCAAAGUCUGUGCAUUAUUGGGGAUAAGGUCUUGGGCUCUGAAUAUGAUCAGAUUGUGUGGAAAAGUCUCAAAAGCCUCCGGUUUCUGAGAUUUGAUCAUCUUCCAGAACUAGAGAAUCUUCCUGAGGGGCUUAAAGAUGUUUUUACCACCCUCCAAGAACUCGAGAUUUGGUGUUGUACCAUAGAGAGUCUUCCAGGGUAUAUUGGGAAGUUUAAACCGCUUAAAAGACUUGGACUUUUUUCAUGUCCUAAUUUGAAAUCUCUGCCUAAAAGAACACAAUUCCAUUUGGAGACACUGGAGAAUGUGGAUUGUCCAACCUUAUUGAAAAGAUGCCAAAAAGAAACUGGUGCAGAUUGGAAGAGGAUUAAAUACAUUGAUAACAUUCUACUCCAGCAGCAACCUCAAGAUCAUAUUAGUAGAAUAAGCGAAGAUGAUGCCCUAAAGAAUAACACAUCGUUAUAUAAAUAUUAUUGGGAUCCUAAAUAUGGAAAGAAGUCAGCCACCAUCAAGAGAAUUGUUCUUAAAUAGAUGAAGUGAAGAUCAAGAAAGGAUAAAAAUCGAAGCUUUGAUGACGAGGACCCAAUUACAUGCUGUCCCUGUAUGACCUCAAAAAGCUGACUGGCUAGCUCCAUAAAUGGGUGUACAUGUGGAACCAACUGGAAGAACUAUUGUACUGCAUACACACAAUGACAAGAAGACAUUUCCUUAAUCAAGACCACAGGGGAUAUAAUUCUGCAUUAGAGAGAGGCCAUUUUGCUUGUGCUAUUGGAGAAGUUGAUUCCUAGCUAGCUUUACAACUAA